AGUGACGUUAGCGUGGCCUUCCAGCACUGCGAAACAAGCGUGGAAGUGCAAGUGAAUUGUAUGAUAGAUGAAUCGCAUUUUGUUAUUGAUUUCUGUUUGCCGUAGUCUGUCGGUCAUCAUACGUGCGGGAAAGCCUUGGCAUAACUGAGAGAACGCGGCAAAGGCGACCAACGAGGAUGUUUAAAAAAUUUGAUGAGAAGGAAAACGUUUCCAACUGUAUUCAGCUGAAGACAUCAGUGAUCAAAGGAAUCAAAAACCAGCUGUUGGACCAGUUUCCUGACAUUGAAUCAUGGCUAAACCACAUUAUGCCAAAAAAGGACCCUGUGAAAAUAGUGAGAUGCCAUGAACACAUUGAAAUCUUGACGGUGAAUGGAGAACUGCUAUUCUUUAGGCAGAGAGAAGGACCAUUUUACCCAACUUUGAGACUUCUCCAUAAAUAUCCUUUCAUACUUCCACACCAGCAAGUAGACAAAGGGGCCAUUAAAUUUGUCUUAAGUGGAGCCAAUAUCAUGUGCCCUGGGCUGACAUCACCAGGGGCUAAACUCUACCCAGCUGCUACAGACACAGUAGUUGCCAUAAUGGCAGAGGGAAAACAGCAUGCACUUUGUGUUGGAGUUAUGAAGAUGUCUGCAGAAAGCAUAGAAAAGGUCAACAAGGGAAUCGGAAUUGAGAACGUUCACUAUCUUAAUGAUGGAUUGUGGCACAUGAAGACGUAUAAGUAAUGUCAACAACCACAGAACCCCAGUGGAAAGCAUGGAGCUCUUGACACCGAGGCAUGAGCUGCCAGUCAAUUGUUUACACCAAAGGACUUAGCUGUGUAACUUGCUGGAGGCUAUGAAUCAAUCACCAUGAUGCACAAAUAAAAAAAAAAUUCAUAAUU